GGUCAUACCUGUUUCUGUUUUGUGCUCAAUGGCGGCUGCUUUUGUUUUGAGAAUAGAAUCUACAAACUGAAGCAUGCUCUUCGUCAUUGGAUUCAUUCUAUCCCCGAAGACUUGAUGAUUGGAUUAGCACAAUUCAAUGAUUUUGCCCAUCCACUGAUAAACGUAUCUUCUGUCAGUGAAAGAUUAAAGGCAAAAUUUCUGGAUGCCAUUCCCAUCAUAGCUGAAGGAGGGUGCUGCAUUGGCUGUGCAGUGAAAUGUGCUAUCCAGAUGUUAGGAGCUGAUGAAAAAGGCAGUACUGUUAUUCUUAUUACUGAUGGAAGGAACACUGUCCCAGGAGAAGAUGUGAAAGAUGUUUUAAGUCUAGUUUCCAGCACAAAGAUUAAGAUUAACACUAUAUCACUGGGUGAUGCAGCAGAUGAUCUGGAGCACUUAGCUUGGACAACAGGAGGAAGAACUUAUUCUGUGCAAGAUCAGCAGGGGCUACUGAUGCUAACUGGUGCACUUUUUGAUUCAUUAAAUGGUGUUCUUGGGAAAACUUUACAAAUUGCGAAUGUAUUUGAGGCAGAAAUCUCUAAUAAGGACAAAAAAAUUCACAAUGAUUUUGUUAUUGACUCUGCUUUACCUAUACCAACAUUGAGUAUUUACUAUGGACCAGAGCAGGGCCUUGAUGAACUGGUACUGAAUUCUUCUGAGUCAUAUAUGAUGACCAAGGACUUUGAAGAAUGGGAUAAAAGUAAUAGAUAUUUGGCACAAACUCUUCAAGAGGGUUUGUGGACAAUCAGUCUCACAUACAAUUCCAUAAACAAGUAUGCUGCAGUGUUUGUCAGCAGUGGUUUACUGACUUCUGAACUGAAGACUAAUGCCAAGAUACAUAUGAUGUGCUGGCAUAAUGCAGAGGCAGGUCCUGUAAAUACUAACCUUAAACCUGUAGCAGUUUAUGCUACUGUAUCUAAUGAAGAUCAUCAUUUUGUAUUUGACUUGAACAUAAGUGCUAUUCUUUAUGCACCAGAUGGAACUAUGACAAAAAUAGACCUUUGGGAUAAUGGUUCUGGAGCAGAUGAGGUGAAAAAUGAUGGUACUUACAGUCGUUUUCUGGCAAUUAUCUCCAUGACUGGGAGGUACACUCUGAAAUUCGAAGCAAUUGGGAUGUACAGGACAACAGUUGAAGGAUCUGAAAAAAUGUCUUCUGAGGUUAAGCCAUUCUCCAGGAUCUGCAAAACUAACUCUUUUAAGGUAAUAUCUGCUGCAAGCAUUUAUCCUCCCUCAUGCAUAAAUGACUUGAAGAUUGUGGAAAGCAAUAAAACAUUUGUUAACAUUUGCUGGACGGCUCCUGGGAAACACUUGGACUGGGGAAAAGUUGACAAAUACAUGAUUAAAUAUAUAAGGAUGGAGUCAUGUCCUCAUAUGUUUCAAACCAAUUUGUCAGUGUGGACUGCAGAAGUUGUUGCACCAGUUUUGACACAUCCUUCUGGAAAACCUGAAUGCCUUGCUUUAAAUUAUACACCCUAUCUUUCCUUCAAUACUUGUCUCUGUCUUUCUAUGUAUGCCAAAGUUGAGGAGGGUUUGUCAGGUCCACUGUCAAAUGUUGUUCAAAUAUAUUGCCCAACAAUAAAUGACACUAAAGAAAACUCAUCAGUGGAAGAGACACCAUUCUUCCAAACUAGUGAUACAUGUUGUACAGAGGAAAGCACUGUUACUACUAUCAGUGAUAUGCCCCGUAGCACCAUUAUUUCAGAAACUAUCAAUGACCAAACAUUGUGGCCAAAUAAAUCAAGAAAUCAGACUGGAAUCGAAACUCAGGAAACAAGUAACUUUCCCUUUGUACCCUUAAUAACUGUGCUUGUGAUUUUGUUGAUUAUUAUAGGUGGACUUUUAAUAUUGAGGAAAUGGAACAAACUAAGAAAUGUCUGUGUCUCUCAUUCUUACAAUGUAUAUCAUGCUAAGUAUAAGCAAAGGAAGUCCCAUCUUGUAACAUAUACAUCAGUUGAGUCUGUUUCGCCUGAAGCAAUAGAUUAGUAAAAUAUCUGAAUUGUACUACUACAAAAAUAAACAAAAGUAAAUAAAGACUUUUUUUGUUCUCAAUCCUCUAGAGAUUUUACUAUGAAUGACUGUUUCUUAUAAAUUGUAAUGGUAUGUGUAUGGUACAGUAUUGAAAGCAAUUAACUACAUACCUAGAAUAAUAAAACAGUUCUUUAUUCCAAUGAAUUUUAGCACUGUCAUUAAAUUUAACUCUGUAAUGACUGGGACAAUGAAUUUAAAUAGAAUAGGAUUAAGAACCUAUUUUUAGAAGUAAAUGAGAAUCAUUUCUUAAGUAUUGCUAUUCUCUUGAAGUAAUGUCAUAAAUUACAUUGUCCUCAGAAGCUUUUAUUAAUUAUGGAAUGAAUAUUAAUCAUGUACAAACAAUAAAAAAUCGUAUAACUUAUAUUGGCUUACAUUAACAAUAUUAUAAAAAGGAUAGAUUCUGUUCUUCAUAUAGAGGGGAUGAGCUUUUGGCCAAAAGAGCUUCUUCUGAAGUAGGAGAGACACAUCCACACAAGUUUGACUUACACACGCAUGACCACUGUUUCUGACCACUGGAGCCAUACUAGGUUGGGACUAAACCUGAUUGU